GCGUGCAGUGCGCUAGGGACCAGUGCGUGGCGAGCUGCGCGGGCUGCCUGCGCCUCCCGCUCGAGUCCUCCCGGGAGCGGGACGCAGACCCGCCGGGGUCUGGCGGCGAGAGGGCGGGAGGCGGUGGCGGUGGCGGUGCGUGCGGCGGCGGCGGCGAGGGCGAGGGCGAGUGCGUGGCGCGCGCGAGCGGCGGAGAAUCAGGAAGUCACCGCGGCGAAGCGCACAGACAUGUUUGAUCGCCGUGACAUGACGCGCGCGAGGGAGGAAGAGGAGGCGGCGGGGGCCGGGCCGCGGGCGCCGGCCUAAGCGGUGGCGUGCACAGACGCUCCCUCGCCGCCCCGGGGGCCGCCGGCCCGAGCCCCGGUCUCUCCUGCUCGCCCAGUGUCACUCUGCUGACUGGCAGGGCCGGGAGAAGUAGAUGUCCACACCGACAGACCCAGCUGCAAUGCCCCAUCCUGGGCCCUCUCCAGGGCCUGGACCCUCUCCUGGACCAAUUCUGGGGCCCAGUCCAGGACCAGGACCAUCCCCAGGUUCUGUGCACAGCAUGAUGGGGCCCAGUCCUGGACCCCCCAGUGUCUCACACCCUAUGUCAACAAUCGGCUCAGCAGACUUCCCGCAGGAAGGCAUGCAUCAACUGCAUAAGCCCAUGGAUGGGAUACAUGACAAGGGGAUUGUAGAAGAUGUCCACUGUGGAUCCAUGAAGGGCACCAGCAUGCGUCCACCACACCCAGGAAUGGGUCCUCCACAGAGCCCAAUGGAUCAGCACAGCCAAGGUUAUAUAUCACCACAUCCAUCUCCUCUGGGAGCCCCAGAGCAUGUCUCCAGCCCUAUAUCUGGAGGAGGUCCAACACCACCCCAGAUGCCACCAAGCCAGCCGGGGCCACUCAUCCCUGGAGAUCUGCAGGCCAUGAACCAGCCGAACAGAGGUCCCUCGCCUUUCAGUCCUGUCCAGCUGCACCAGCUUCGAGCUCAGAUUUUAGCUUAUAAAAUGCUGGCCAGGGGCCAGCCCCUCCCUGAAACACUGCAGCUUGCAGUCCAGGGGAAAAGGACCUUACCUGGCAUGCAGCAGCAGCAACAGCAGCAGCAGCAGCAACAGCAGCAGCAGCAGCCUCAGCAGCAACAACAGCAGCCCCAGCCGCCUCAGCAGCAGGCACAGCCGCAGCCCCAGCAGCAGCAGCCAGCCCUUGUUAGCUACAAUAGACCAUCUGGCCCCGGGCAGGAACUGCUGCUGAGUGGUCAGAGCAUCCCUCAGAAGCUGUCAGCACCGGCACCCAGCGGCCGGCCCUCGCCCGCACCCCCUGCUGCUGCCCAGCCCACAGCCACGGCUGUGCCUGGACCCUCCGUGCAGCAGCCUGCCCCUGGCCAGCCAUCUCCAGUCCUGCAGCUGCAGCAGAAACAGAGUCGGAUCAGCCCCAUCCAGAAACCGCAAGGCCUGGACCCCGUGGAGAUCCUGCAGGAACGAGAGUACAGACUUCAGGCUCGCAUAGCUCACAGGAUACAAGAACUGGAGAGUCUCCCUGGCUCCUUGCCACCAGAUUUACGAACCAAAGCAACCGUGGAACUGAAAGCACUUCGCUUACUCAAUUUCCAGCGUCAGCUGAGACAGGAGGUGGUGGCCUGCAUGCGAAGGGAUACCACCCUGGAGACAGCUCUCAACUCCAAAGCCUACAAACGGAGCAAGCGCCAGACGCUGCGAGAGGCACGCAUGACAGAGAAGCUGGAGAAGCAGCAGAAGAUAGAGCAGGAGAGGAAACGCCGGCAGAAGCACCAGGAAUACCUGAACAGUAUUUUACAACAUGCGAAAGAUUUUAAGGAAUAUCAUCGGUCCGUGGCUGGAAAGAUCCAGAAGCUGUCCAAAGCUGUGGCGACUUGGCACGCCAACACUGAAAGGGAGCAGAAGAAGGAGACGGAGAGGAUUGAGAAGGAGAGAAUGCGGAGGCUGAUGGCUGAAGAUGAAGAGGGCUACAGGAAACUCAUCGACCAAAAGAAAGACAGACGCCUAGCCUACCUUUUGCAGCAGACGGAUGAGUAUGUAGCCAAUCUGACUAACCUGGUUUGGGAGCACAAGCAGGCCCAAGCGGCCAAAGAGAAGAAGAAGAGGAGGAGGAGGAGGAAGAAGGCUGAAGAGAAUGCAGAAGGAGGGGAGUCUGCCCUAGGACCAGAUGGAGAGCCAAUCGAUGAAAGCAGCCAGAUGAGCGACCUGCCUGUCAAAGUGACACACACAGAGACUGGCAAGGUCCUCUUUGGACCAGAAGCACCCAAAGCAAGUCAGCUGGAUGCCUGGCUGGAGAUGAAUCCUGGGUAUGAAGUUGCACCCAGAUCUGACAGUGAAGAGAGUGAGUCUGACUACGAGGAAGAGGAUGAAGAAGAAGAGUCCAGUAGGCAGGAAACGGAAGAGAAGAUACUGCUGGAUCCAAACAGCGAAGAAGUUUCCGAAAAGGACGCCAAACAGAUCAUUGAGACGGCGAAACAGGACGUGGACGACGAAUACAGCAUGCAGUACAGUGCCAGAGGCUCACAGUCCUACUACACGGUGGCCCACGCCAUCUCCGAGAGGGUGGAGAAGCAGUCUGCCCUCCUCAUUAAUGGCACCCUAAAGCAUUACCAGCUCCAGGGCCUGGAAUGGAUGGUUUCCCUGUAUAAUAACAAUUUGAACGGAAUCUUAGCUGACGAAAUGGGGCUCGGCAAGACCAUCCAGACCAUCGCACUCAUCACGUAUCUGAUGGAGCACAAAAGACUCAAUGGCCCCUAUCUCAUCAUUGUUCCCCUCUCGACUCUGUCUAACUGGACAUAUGAAUUUGACAAAUGGGCUCCUUCUGUGGUGAAAAUUUCUUACAAGGGUACCCCUGCCAUGCGACGCUCCCUUGUUCCCCAGCUACGGAGUGGCAAAUUCAAUGUCCUCCUGACUACUUAUGAGUACAUUAUAAAAGACAAGCACAUUCUUGCAAAGAUUCGGUGGAAAUACAUGAUAGUGGACGAAGGCCACCGGAUGAAGAAUCACCACUGCAAGCUGACUCAGGUCUUGAACACCCACUAUGUAGCCCCUAGAAGGAUACUUUUGACUGGGACCCCGCUACAGAACAAGCUCCCCGAACUCUGGGCCCUUCUCAACUUCCUCCUCCCUACAAUCUUCAAGAGUUGCAGCACAUUUGAGCAGUGGUUUAAUGCUCCAUUUGCCAUGACUGGCGAAAGGGUGGACUUGAAUGAAGAAGAAACGAUUUUGAUCAUCAGGCGUCUACACAAGGUGUUGAGACCCUUUUUGCUGAGGAGACUGAAGAAAGAGGUUGAAUCUCAGCUUCCAGAGAAGGUUGAGUAUGUGAUCAAGUGUGACAUGUCAGCCCUGCAGAAGAUUCUGUAUCGUCACAUGCAAGCCAAGGGGAUCCUCCUCACUGACGGUUCUGAGAAGGACAAGAAGGGCAAAGGAGGUGCCAAGACGCUUAUGAACACUAUCAUGCAGCUGAGAAAAAUAUGCAACCACCCAUAUAUGUUUCAGCACAUUGAGGAAUCCUUUGCUGAACACCUGGGCUAUUCGAAUGGGGUCAUCAAUGGGGCUGAGCUGUAUCGGGCCUCAGGAAAGUUUGAGCUACUUGAUCGUAUUCUGCCCAAAUUGAGAGCAACUAACCACCGCGUGCUGCUUUUCUGCCAGAUGACGUCACUCAUGACCAUCAUGGAGGAUUACUUUGCUUUUCGGAACUUCCUUUACCUGCGCCUUGAUGGCACCACCAAGUCUGAAGAUCGUGCUGCCUUGCUGAAGAAAUUCAAUGAACCUGGGUCCCAGUAUUUCAUCUUCUUGCUGAGCACGCGAGCUGGGGGCCUGGGCUUAAAUCUUCAGGCCGCGGACACGGUGGUCAUCUUUGACAGCGACUGGAAUCCUCAUCAGGAUCUGCAGGCCCAAGACCGAGCUCACCGCAUUGGCCAACAAAAUGAGGUCCGGGUGCUAAGGCUCUGCACGGUCAACAGCGUGGAGGAAAAGAUCCUCGCAGCUGCAAAGUACAAGCUGAACGUGGACCAGAAGGUCAUCCAGGCGGGCAUGUUUGAUCAGAAGUCAUCCAGCCACGAGCGGAGAGCAUUCCUGCAGGCCAUUUUGGAGCAUGAGGAGGAGAAUGAGGAAGAAGAUGAGGUACCAGACGACGAGACCUUGAACCAGAUGAUUGCUCGACGGGAAGAGGAGUUUGAUCUCUUUAUGCGCAUGGACAUGGACAGGCGGAGGGAGGAUGCCAGGAACCCUAAGCGCAAACCUCGCUUGAUGGAGGAAGAUGAGCUGCCCUCCUGGAUUAUUAAGGAUGAUGCCGAAGUGGAGAGGCUCACCUGUGAAGAGGAGGAGGAGAAGAUAUUUGGGAGGGGUUCUCGACAGCGCCGCGACGUGGACUACAGUGACGCCCUCACUGAGAAGCAAUGGCUCAGGGCAUGAAAGCCCAUGGUGAUGGUUCCUGGGCGAGAGUCCUUGUUCUCCAUAUCUUCAGGUAGCCAGGCUGAAGAUAUCAGCCUGGAGCAUAUGCCAGCAUGGACAGCCUCUGCCCACAUGUGCUGUAAGAGGGGGAAACAGCAUGGUGGUGCUGGGGUGCAGGAGCCCAUCUGUUUGCCUUACCUGUUCUACAUUCCUCCACUUGCAUCCAGCUGUGCAGGCCUCCUUCCUGUGGCCACCCCAGCUGCCUAGAGGACAGAGAAUCAUUUGCGGCUAUGAGCCCAGGAGAGCAAGCAAAGUUUUGAUGAACACCUAGCAUUCUCUCUGCCUCAGCAUACUCAGGAUAAAUGUAAAUCGUACUGCUGCUUUCCUGACAAAUGCAGUUUCCUCGCAAACAGGUUUUAUUCUAUAAUUGGGAUAUGCUAAAAAUUCCCACAGAAUCCUGGAGAGAGUCUGUUUAGCUGGAGGAUUUUUUUAAGCAUUUUUCUUUCUUGAUUCAUAAUGUUUUAAAUGAGGAGAAUCACAAUUUCAAACACAGCUUGGUUUUUUAAAAUAAAGUAAUUUUAAGUUGGUUUAAAAUCU